GAGAAAGUCAAUUGUCAACCAGACAGAAGAGGGCGCUAACGAAACAAAUUGAAAUGCCAGAAGAAGAAGAGUAAAAAGACCAAGAAGAAAGUGUAGUUGGAAGACUUCACAAGUGAGUGUUGACGAGGAAGCGAAAUGGGUCGCAAAGUUACAUUAGCAACGUGCUCACUCAAUCAGUGGGCAUUAGAUUUCGAAGGGAAUUUGUCAAGAAUAUUGAGAAGUAUCGAAAUAGCCAAGGGUAAUGGAGCAAAAUAUAGACUGGGACCAGAACUGGAGAUAUGUGGGUAUGGUUGUGCAGACCACUUCUAUGAGUCGGACACGCUGCUCCACUGUCUUCAGGUGCUUAGGGAGCUUCUGGAAUCACCAGUGACCCAAGAUAUCAUUUGUGAUGUAGGCAUGCCAGUUAUGCACCGUGAUGUUCGUUACAACUGCAGGGUCAUUUUUUUGAACAAGAAGAUCCUUCUCAUCCGUCCAAAAAUGUUCCUGGCAAAUUAUGGUAACAACCGUGAGUUUCGCUGGUUUUCUCCUUGGACUCAGCCCAGGCAUGUAGAGGAGUACAUUUUACCAAGGAUGAUCCGGGAGGUCACUGAUCAGGCAUCUGUCCCAUUUGGAGAUUGUGUUCUCUCUACUGUUGACACAUGCAUGGGCAGUGAAAUGUGUGCUGAGAUGUGGCACCCCAAAAGCCCUCACAUAGACAUGGGAUUGGAUGGUGUUGAAAUUUUCACUAACUCUUCAGCCAGCUACCAUGAGUUAAGAAAGGCAAACCAGAGGGUGGCACUAGUCAGCUCCGCCACUAGUAAGAGUGGGGGGAUUUACCUGUUUGCCAAUCAGAAGGGGUGUGAUGGGGACCGUCUCUAUUAUGAUGGGUGUGCGAUGAUUGCCAUCAAUGGAGACAUUGUGCUCCAGGGAGCUCAGUUCUCUUUGGAUGAUGUGGAGGUUUUGUGUGCCACUCUUGAUCUGGAGGAUGUGCGGAGCUAUCGUGGAGAACGAUGUCAACCACAUAUGGUUUCUGAUCAUAAAUCAUACCACAGGGUGAAUGUGGACUUCUCCCUCUCUGACUGUGAGGAUAUGCCCCUUCCCACGCACCAGCCUAUCGAGUGGCAGUAUCACAGCCCUGAGGAAGAGAUCAGUCUUGGCCCUGCGUGUUGGUUGUGGGACUAUUUGAGGAGGAGUGGCCAGGCUGGUUUCUUCCUUCCUCUAAGUGGUGGAGUGGAUAGUUCCUCCACAGCCUGUAUUGUCUACUCGAUGUGUGUGCUGCUCUGCAAUGCCGUUAGGGACAACAAUAUUCAAGUGCUGCAGGAUGUCCAGCGAGUGGUGGGUGAUCUCACUUACAAGCCUGAGGACCCUCGAGAGCUGUGCAAGCAUCUCUUCACAACAUGUUAUAUGGCUAGUGAGAACUCCUCUGAAGAUACCAGCAGUCGAGCUAAAGAGCUGGCAAUGCAAAUCGGCAGCAACCAUGUAAAUCUCAACAUUGACAUGGCAGUGAAAGGGUUGCUUGGGAUCUUCUCCCUCGUGACCGGAAGAAUGCCACAGUUCCGUGCCAGUGGUGGAAGUUCACGAGAGAACUUGGCAUUGCAGAAUGUCCAGGCUCGUACCAGGAUGGUCCUUGCCUACCUUUUUGCCCAGCUCGGUCUGUGGGCCCAAGGCAAACCUGGUGGUCUACUGGUUCUAGGCUCUGCCAAUGUGGAUGAAAGUUUGUCAGGCUACUUCACCAAGUAUGAUUGCUCCAGUGCUGACAUUAAUCCCAUUGGAGGUGUUAGUAAAAUGGAUCUGAAGAGCUUCUUACAGUAUUGCACCGAGCACUUCCAACUUACAGCACUGAGGAGAGUUCUGGCUGCCCCUCCCACAGCUGAGCUGGAACCUCUGAUAGAUGGCCAGAUAUCGCAAACUGAUGAGGUAAAGCAGUGUGUGUUAUUCAAACUGAUGAGGUCAUAUAAAGCAGCAGUGUUAUUCAAACUGAUGAGGUAAUAUAAAGCUCAAACUGAUGAGGUCAUAUAAAGCAGCAGUGUUAUUCAAACUGAUGAGGUAACAUAAAGCAGUGUGUGUUAUUCAAACUGAUGAGGUAAUAUAAAGCAGUGUUAUUCAAACUGAUGAGGUCAUAUAAAGCAGUGUUAUUCCUUGUUUUCUCACCAACACCAGAAUUGUGCAUAUUGUUAUCAUUGUGCCUUAUGUCGAACAUUAACAUAAUGGACCCGAUGUGGACGGAAAACACGUCUGGGGGAAACGGCCUGUUGUGUUCUGUCUAGACGCCAGAGAUACACUUUCCAUCUGAGGCAUGAGUUUUGGAUAUAGGCGUUGUGACAUAUUCUUCUCUGACAGGGAACAUUUGAAUGUGAAUUAAUUUGAAUGUGAAUUAAUAUGAAUAUCAUCCAUGAUGUGAAUACAUAACACGUAUUUUUUUUGUUAACUCAUUUUCUGUUCUGCUGGGAUUCUGGAUGCAUCAAUAGCAAGAAAGAGUGAACAGUUAAGAAUCAUUUUAAGCAAAAAAAGCCAUGUACAGUUAGGCUAGACUAUGUCAUUGAGGAGAGAAGUGAAACUUUAAAAUACAUUUUAAUUAAUUAAAUACAUCGUUCUUGUGUCUCUUUAUACUAUGGGAGGUCCCAAGGCAACUUCUCAUGCCAGCCUCAUUGUUGCAAGUUCCAUAUUGGAUUUUAAAAAGUGUUCCACAAAUUUUGUCACAUUUUCACCAAAUUUGCUACAGAUGAUCUUCAGACAAACCCUCACAAAAGUCACAUGGAUUUUAGAUUUUCUAAACCAAUCAAAAUCGUCGGUUAAGCCACCAAACAGGAAGUGAGAUCAUAUCUCAGCAAUGUAUUGACACCAAACUUGGUAUAUGGACUAGGACUAAGGUUGUCCUUAAAACUGCGCCAUUUGACCACUGUGGGGUACUGCAACAAGCAAGAACUAUGUUUUCCUAUUACCUUUUGAUGUAUAAGCCUUAAAAAAGUGGUUGUUAUGUCUGGUGGUAUGUUUGGAGAUCCAAAGGACAGGACAUGAUAACCUAUCAUGUCAACCCAAUUUAAAGAAAGAACACCAUAUCUUUCAACUACAGCAAACUGGGAAACAGAUUGAGUUUUAAAUGUCAUGCUACUGAAAUGAGCACUGAAAGUAAACUUGUAGAUUGAUAAUAGGACGGGCCUUUUCAAUGCUGAGCUUUUGAGAAAACAUUACGUAUAAGUUAUAAUCCAUUUACUGUCAUUCCCAAAUGCCAACCUCAAGUAUCAGGCUUGUUUUGGCUAA